AUUUCAACAAAAACAAAGGAAUCCGUGUGGGAGCAGGCAGUGCGAAUACGUCAAAACAAAUAGAGCUACAAACAGAUACAUGAGUACGAUCUGUAGAAUAUAUUAUAUAUAGAAAAUAAAAUAUCAGCCAGAGCCAUCGGCAGAUACAGCUACAGAUAUCCAUCCAUCCUCUCUGUACCUAUGCUUGCGACAACAAUUAUCACGUUAUCAACUGCAAGAGCAGCAGCGCCAGCAGCCGCCGUCUAAUCGUUAGUCAGUCGUGCCACACAGUCCGUAACCUUUUUGCAAAGAAGGCAAAAGGCAGAGCAAAGAAGCUUUGCCCAGUGUGAAGAAUAUAAAUUCGGCCAGCGCGCACCCCCAACGACACAAAACAGCCUCAAGAUUCUGCCAUUUGGGGCCAACUUUCGUCUGGAGACGACACCCGGUGAGAUGCACAAAAUAGGCGCACAGCCGCCAUCCUCAGCGCCAGCUGGUGGACUUGAUGCGCCACUGGCGGCGCCCAAAUAUGGCACAUUGAUACCAAAUCGCAUAUUUGUGGGAGGAAUAAGUGGCGAUACCACCGAAGCUGAUUUGACGCGCGUCUUCAGUGCAUAUGGUACGGUGAAGAGCACCAAAAUUAUAGUGGAUCGUGCUGGUGUGAGCAAGGGUUAUGGCUUUGUCACAUUCGAGACGGAGCAGGAGGCGCAAAGACUGCAAUCGGAUGGUGAGUGCGUGGUUCUACGUGAUCGCAAAUUGAACAUUGCGCCGGCCAUCAAGAAACAGGUAUUCCUCUUCGAACAGCCCAAUCCUCUGCAGUCGAUUGUGGCCACAAAUGGAGCUGUUUACUAUACAACCACGCCGCCGGCACCGAUAAGCAAUAUACCGAUGGAUCAAUUUGCAGCCGCAGUAUAUCCGCCAGUUACUGACUUUACAGCCGCUGGAGUGCCAGCCAUCUACCCACCUUCAGCCAUGCAAUAUCAGCCAUUCUAUCAGUACUACAGUGUGCCAAUGCAGAAUGUACCCACCAUUUGGCCUCAGAACUAUCAAGGUUAAACCCUAAAAAGAUACAUAAAAGUAAAGCAAUUUUCGUAGUCGCCAAUUUUUCGUUGAGAGCUGCCCUGCAAAAAUAAUAAAACAAAAACAACCAUACGAACAACAACUGCACGUGAAACUGCAAUUACAACAACCAACUACAACAAGAGCAAUCUGACUUCUGAAGAUUCAACAAAAACAUCUACAACUACAACAACAACAACAACAAUUUCUACAACAGAACUCCUGCCCCUCUGACGCAGCCGCAGCAGCAGCAGCAGCCGCCGCACUUCUAGUUUUUAAUUUUAGUUUAUGAUUUAAUUUACAAUUUAAAAUUAUGUUUUAAGCUCUUGGCUCUUUAGUUUAUUCAGCUAUUGACUGUACUGUGUAAUGUAAAUUAGUUGAAUGCCAUGUCCACCAUCACAUAUGUAUAUGAACAACAAAAAGUAGCGAAAAGAAAAGUGCCGAGUGGUGUGCACCACAACAGACUUCCUAUAAAACAGAUGUAUGUUUUUUUGUUAGUAAUUUAUAACUAUCACUUUUUUUUCGGUUUUGCUUGCUGUAUAUAUCCAAGAUACAAUAUAUAGCGGAGAAUGUUCUCUGUAAAUAGUAGUAGUCGCGCACUCAUAGAACUAUACAUACCUACUAUCUUUUACAACUGAUAAACAUAUAUAUCUACCAUAGUGGAGAUACAUACAUAGAUGUAUAUGUAUUGCCUGAAAAAGCGAAACGACUUUGAAGCCAAUUUCUUGAUUAUUUUGUAGGAAUUUAUCCAUGUUAACUUUUGAGAGAGGAUGCAGACAGCCAGUGAGAGAGAAAGCAACAAUAGGUGAUGCUACUACUACUACUACAACAACAAACUACAACUACAUCCACAAGAACAACAACAACAACAACAACAGCAACAAAAGUAAACUACAACAAAAGCAUCAAAUAGAGUUUAACACACACAAAUACACUACACCCAUGCAUACACAACAGCUGCAAUUUCGCAAAAUUUUUAGUCAAAGGAGAAAGAGAAUCAUAUUGGAAGGAAGUGAAGGAGAAGCUCUUCAUACACACAGACACACACACACACACACACACACACAGCGACAGAGCCAGAGAAGCAGAAGGGAAAAUCAUUUCUCCGAUGGGGAAAUAUGUGUAAAUUAAGCUGCUUAUGCUUUUAAAGGUACAACUACUGUAUGCGUGUGCAGGUAGGGUCUGUCCGCCAGUGUGCUUGUGUGUCUGUGUGCUGGAGAUGGAAUUUGUUGGUGCAAACAUUUAUGAUGGGCAAUUAGUGGAGAGCAAGAACGAGUAGAACAGAGUGGGGCUUACUGACAAACUGCACUACCGGAAAAUGCUACUGGGAAAUACACUGAAAUUCCCCUAAACGGACAGCGGACAGUUCCCAAAAACUAAAGAUAAAUAGUGUAUGUCCAGCUGUGCAGGGGGGAAUUGUAGAGAGGCAAGUUGAACACUUGAACAAUAUUUAAAAGCUAUACUAUAAAUAUAAUAUGGAUAUGAUACUUACUAUAUACAUAACUGGAUUAUACAGAGGCAGCAAAUGUGAAAAGUACGCACGCACACAACACACAGAAACACCCACACACACACCGACACACAAAAUAUAUACUAUAGAUAAUAACGGAAUACAAAAUUGCAUACAUAAAUACAGAUAUAGGAUAUAUAUUAACGAUAUAUGGUAGCUAAGAGAAGAGAAGUGAAGAUGGCAGGGCAGCGAUCGAAGAUUAAAGACAUAAAAUUAUGCAUAAAUUAAUUUAUAUAAAUAUAUACAUACAAUACACAACAUAUAUACAAUAUAAUGAAAAAAUAACUGUAACUCGUAACUGUAACUGUAAACUGGUAUACUGUUAUACACAGUCAUACAUGCAUACACAUACAGCGAUACAAAGCAAAAAGAUGAUGAGAAGAAAGGGAAGUGGAUUAAGGAAAUGAAUUAGCAAAGUAGACGACGGACAAAGUCAAAGCAAAAGCUACGCACACACUAACACACAAACAAACACACACACACACACACAGAAGAGGGAGAGACACCACCCUUCUCUCUCAUCGAUCAAAACACUUUCUUGCAAAAGAAAAAACUGAACGAAAAACAAACCUUAGUCUAAACGAAAAACAAAAACAAAAACAAAAAAUAAAACAAAAUAUACCAUUCAUACUAUACAUAUAUACUAAAAAUGCAAGAGACAUGAAAAUGUUAGAUCUAGUUACAUAAGCCAAGCAAAAAGUGAACUAAAAAACGAUGAAGCGAAAAGUGAGUGGAAAA